AUGGCUCCAAUGCCUUCGUAUGUUGCUCCACAACUAGACAUCAAUGGGCCAAUAGUAGCAAAACCAAAACAAAAGCAACCCCACCUUGGGUUAAUUAGUGUACCAUGCAUUUGCCUAUAUAAAGCACCACUCUUCAACUUUCAAACUCAUCCUACAUCCUCCACUUCCUUGAUUGAUUACUUAUACUUCUCUCUCUUAAACCAUAAACCUUUUCUUUGUAACAUGUCUUCUUCAGAGGGUGUCUUUGAGUUGGGGAUGGAGUUCUCAGAGGCCGACAAUGUUCUUCUCAUGUCACUGAUGGAAGAAACGCAGGAAGAAGAGUACUAUGGCGAUGAAAGACUUGUGAGCAUGAUUCAGUCAUUGGAGGCAGAGAUCAGUGACACUGAAAUGGGUCAAAUCUAUGAGAUGGGACACGUGGAUGAUCAAUAUUGCUCCACAUCAGACACUGACCCUGAUAAUUGGGUUGACAUGGAAUUGAUCUCUUCCUUGCCCUUUGAUGAGAUGAAUGCAUGGAUGCCUUGUGUAGAUGAGAUGAUGGAGCAUGCAGCAAUGGAAGAUGAAGCUGCAAAUGACAUCAAUGAUUUUCAGUUUUGUUAUGAAGCUUUCUUGGAGCAACAAUACAGAGAGAUUAGUUAUUUGGCACAAGGGCCAAGUGAUGUAGUUUUCUGA